UAAUAACAUAUGAAUUGGGUACUUGCCUAUGUUAGUUGAUAGCGCGUAGAUUUGAGCUUAGCACUGCGACUUACGACCGCUGGCCAUGAUGACCGCAAAGUAUACAUGCUGUUAUAUCUCAGUCCGCAGAUUUUGACGGUUUGAGAUGAUGAUGACUGGGUUACCAUGGGUUUCAUUGGUACAUUUAAAGUUAUCUGAUUGCUUUUUUGAAGAUUGAACAUGCAGUCUGCAACAUUUUCGUCAUUCCGAUUAAAGAUACUGGAGCCUUUAAACGUCAAGAUUUCAGUGUUCGCAGUUGCACCUUUUAUCAAGUAGAAACCGAAAACUAGCAGAAGUAUCCGUAAAUUCAUAUCUAGAAAACGAACACUAUAGCGGAGACAUAUAUAUAGUGGCUAACGGGAUGCGAUGAUGAAAGCCAAAGUAUUUGAAAACUGAAGUUUAAUUCAAAUACAAAUGUGCUCUUCUUUUGCUUCUGAAUAUCUUCGUUAUUCUGGGACUUUGUUUUAUGAUUCCUUUAUGAAACCUCAAUCCACCACUAAGCCUUCGAUUUGAGAUAUGGACCCGUCUUUUCUUAAAGAAACUCAUAUAGAGUAUCUCAAACGAUUGAAAGAGCAAGACACGAGGUUAGAAUUUUGGCUUACGCAGCAUCUUCAUCUGAGUGCAGUUUACUGGAGCUGUUUAAGCCUUUGGCUAUUGGGAAAAGACAAUGAAAUUGAUCGUAUGGCUGUUGUUAGUUUCAUCAAGUCAUGUUUAACAGAGUCUGGAGGAUUUGCAUGUUAUCCAGGCCAUGAUGAACAUAUCACAAACACUGUCUACGCGGUACAAGUUUUGCUAAUGUUGGAUGCUCUCAAUGAAGUUGAUACAGAUAGAAUUGCUAAUUAUGUGGUUAAUUUACAAAAUCCAGAUGGCUCAAUGCGCGGCGAUAAAUGGGGGGAAACAGAUGCUCGUUUUCUAUAUGCCGGAAUAAACUGUUUGAGUCUUAUGGGAAAGCUCCAUUUACUAGACCAAGAGAAGGCUACGAACUGGAUCUUGAAGUGCUACAAUUUUGAUGGGGGCUUUGGUCUUUGUCCUGGAGCCGAAACACAUGGUGCAUAUGUUUUCACAUGUGUUGCAGCUCUUGCUAUCCUGAGAAAAUUGGACCAAAUUGAUGAGAACUUUCUUGGCUGGUGGCUUAGUGAACGACAAGUUAAUUCCGGCGGAUUAAAUGGUCGACCUGAAAAGCUUCCCGAUUCUUGCUACUCCUGGUGGAUUCUUUCACCUCUAGCAAUUAUAAACAAGAUUGACUGGAUUGAUCGGGAAAAGUUGAUUGAAUUUAUAAAAACAUGUCAAGAUCCGGACAGCGGGGGCUUCUCGGACAGAAAGGAAGACGUUGCUGACGUUUAUCAUACAUGCUUUUCCCUUGCGGGCCUCGCGCUAUUAGGCCAUCCAGACCUAAAACCGAUUGAUCCCAGAUAUUGCAUACCAACUGAAGUUUCAAAGAAAUAUGGACUCUGAAAGAUGAAUAAUCAUGUUGAGUUUUAGAAAAUGGGUUUUCUCUCGUUCUUUUCUAUUUCCUCGAUUUUUUUUAACCGUUUUUCAGUCUUAGCUUUUCCUGAACCCUUACCGUGAAAUUGAUGCGAAAGCAGGUACUUGUAAGCUUCUUUUGGACCCAAUUCCUGUCCAAACUCAUCGACGUAACGUAGGUUAAUCUCCGGCUUGUAAUCCUGAAAUUGUUCCAUUUCAAGUUCCGCAACCAUCUUAUCCCAUUUUUCAUUCUCUCUCUUAGCAUACAACUCUCUUUCUUUUUGAGACAUGUUGGCCAGUUUUUCCACUAGAGCGGUCAUGUUCCUUUUUUGGGCACGCCGCUUAUCUUCAAGUUCAGCGCGAAGCAGACGCUUUUUUGCAACCCAUUGUGUGUACAGUUGUUCCCGUCGCACACGAUCGUAAGCAUCAUUCUGUAAUUUCACAACUCCCUUUUGUUUAAGAAUAUUUAGAACUGUGCCAACACCUUUGGAAACUAACGAUUCUUCAAUGGCAUUUUCCUCUGCAUCCAUUCCGUUAUUUUGUUCAUUUGCUGUAUCAAAAGCAUCUGCAGUCUUCUCAUUAAUUGAUAACUUCGCAGCCGGAACGCCGUCUUCAUUAGUCUGAUUAUUGUGUGACAUAGGCUCGGGGGAAGUAACGACAACGUUCUUAUUUUCCAAAGCGUCAACAAAAGUUCUUGUGGCAUCGAGUACGAGUCCCGGAUUGCUAUCUGUACCGUCUAAAUGCUCUAUUUUCAAAUGACUUGGUAACUUCAUGACUUGAUCAGCAACACUUUCACCAUCUAGUGCUCUCUUUCUUUGCAAUUGUUGCCGACGUGUAGAAAGGGCGCUCUGAAGAUCAUCGUCGUCUACAAACGACGAAUUAUAGAAAGCCCUAUAUUUAAUGUUCAAGUUAACAUCUUUCACAGUAAAUUUUUUAUGUUCCUGAGUAAGUUGCUCUUCUUUUUCGUUUGCCGUGGUCGAGCCAUCCACUUCAUCAACUGUGUCGAUGGUGCGUUGGUGAACUGCUUUCCGCUUUUUCCGUUUGCUCUUUUUUAUUUUAAUGCUUUGGUAGUCAGUGAUUUGUUUCUCUUCACCUGUAUCCAGACUGAGCGCUUCUGAAUUUUGAGUUGCGUUGGCAGUGUUGAUUUUCUGAGUACUAUCAAGAACGAUGUUGUUACCGCCUAUAACAGUUUCAGAAAGUCCUUGAUUUUUUUCAUUAGAGUACUGUGGAAGCAAUGCACUGCCAUUGAAUGUUGUUUCAUCUUCGUAGGGGACGUAACUCUGCUGCCGUAAUCGUUCUUUAACGUUUCUUUCAGUCGUUUCCUGUUCAACUAGGCUGACACUUUCAAAGACGUCACCGUUGUUAUCCAGAACAUUGGCAUCUCGGAGUGUAAGAUACACACCAUCGGGGGAAGAAAGCUGUGAAGUAUUGUGUGCUAUGCGAACACCUUCAAGAGUAGAGUUUUUUGGGCUCGUUGAAUUGUUAGACAAAUCGACACUCGUAGUUGAAGCGGGUUUCUGCAAUUUUGUUGUAGAAGAAGGCGAUAAAACUGACUUACGAACUUGAGAACGAGUGCGUUUCACCCAACUCAAUGCGUCUUCCUCCUCAGCACCUUCUUCAUCUUCCAAGAGCUCCGCAAGCGAUUUUUUUUGAAGGAGUUUCUUUCGCUCCCUUUCUGCCCUCAGCUUUUGCAGCCGAAGUUCUGCUUCUUUAUGCUUUUGUUCUUCGGCAGCACGUUGCUGUUCUCGCUUCCAAUUUUCCAGGGCAUCGUCCUCCUGGAUUUGUGAUUGAACGUAAUCAUCAUUUUUAUCUGUUGCAUCCUUGUUGGCUGGCGCUGAUUUUUCACCUGUUACAUCUAAAGGUUUAAGACCACUGUUUUCGAUUCUGUUAGUAAUGCAGAAAAGCAAGCAAGGAACACCGAAAUUAGCAGUGUGAUUCACAACGUUUGCGUUCGACUUACAGAGAAAUACGAAGUUUGUUCGUUUCAUCUAUGGAGAGAGAUUCUGUUGCCUGAUUUACAGCACUCAUGGCCUUAUAAGCUGAUUUGUUACCGGCCGUGGGCUAAAUGAUGGUUGAAAGCAAAUUUACUCACACUGAAGCUGGGUACAGCUUUUCGCGCGUCGACUUUAGCCUCUGACACGCUCACGCCCGUUAGUACUUACCAGGCACUCGCGACGGAUACGCUUCAUGGUGGUGAGUUUCUUUAUAUCGCUACGGUAUAAUGGCUUACGGCAUAUUAGCGUGUUAUAUAGUAAUUCUUAGCACCUCCUCAAAUUACUGUGCAUUAUGAUAAGUAUUUACUAUGAUUUACACUAACAAUCGUUAAAGUCGUAUACCGAAUUACAC